AUGAUUAUACACCAUGGCCAUAAGGCUUGGUUCACUCCUUAUCCCAGUAGACUUGUUUCACUUGUCUUGGUUACUCUUCUCACUUCUUUCACUAAAGCGGAUGACUUCCGCCCUUUGUAUCAUUUCGCCCCAGACCAAAACUGGAUGAAUGAACCCAAUGGCCUCAUCAAAAUCGGCUCCAAAUGGCACCUCUUCUUCCAGCACAAUCCUACAGGAAACUUCUGGGGUAACUUGAGCUGGGGCCAUGCUAUCAGUGCAGACUUGGUUGACUGGACUCAUCUCCCAAUUGCAAUUUCUAGUGCCAAUGGAAUUCAAGCUUUCACAGGGACCUCAUACUUUGAUGAAGACAAUACAUCUGGUCUUGGGACAUCUGAAAGCCUACCCUACCUUGCCUUUUACACUGGAUACUUUCCAGAUACCGCAGUGCAGGAUCAGAGACUUGCUUAUAGCCUGGACCAAGGGGAGACUUGGAUCAAGUACAAUGAAAAUCCAAUCAUCUCACAGGCGCAGGAGAAACCACACGACAACCCGGGUCAUGGUCCUCGCCCACGGAGGGCAAAACAAACUAUCAUUCUGGACAUCCUCCGAUGCCAAGGCUUGGACAUGGAAGAUGAUCUCACCGCUGCCGAUAUCCCCGGACUUCCUCGUGAUAUCACAGGCUGGGAAGUACCCGAUCUCUUUGAGCUUCCCAUCGAGGGUUCGCCAGACACUAAAUGGGUCCUCAUUAUCACUCCUGCCCAGGGGUCUCCUGCAGGUGGCAAUGGGGUUUUUGCAGUUACUGGAUCAUUUGACGGUACCAGCUUCACACCCGAUCCUGUUGAUCCAACCAAGAUGUGGCUCGACUUUGGGCGUGAUUGGGAUGGGGCUUACAGCUGGGAAAAUGUGCCCACGUCCGACGGCCGUAAGAUCCUUGCUUCUGUCAUGAACAGCUAUGGAGUCGACCCACCAGCCAAUACUUGGAAGGAAAUGCUGUCAUUUCCGCGUACUUUGCAGCUACGGGACAUUGACAGAGGAGUACGAUUUAUCCAGCAGACUGUCCACGAACUCGACUCCCACGGCACGUCUCUUGUCAAAAUUGUAAAUGAGACUCUCGAGCCAGUGACCAACCUCUUCUCUGAGUAUCUUGGAACUGUGUUGGAUAUCGGAAUCUCUUCCGUUCUGACUAGAGGCUCUAUACUAUCCUUAGCAGUCUAUAAAGGAAAUCUAAAAGAAGCUAUAAUCUAG